ACGUGGUGCUACUUCCGCUUUUGUAUCAUUCACGUCCUUGACGGGAUCCAGCAAGCUCCGAACGUCUGACUUACCCACUUUCUCGAUUCCUGGUCCAUCUACACUUUUCAACAGGAAAUAUACCUACUGGACUACUUCUGAGAUAGAUCAUUUGGAGGCCGGGGUCCGAAAAUAUGGGCUCAACUGGACUCACGUUUCUCGGAAAUGCUUUUCUAACAGCAUUUACCAGCGUCCUUCUCGUAGCGGACAGCAGUGCCGCGACAAAUUCAGGGCCUUGUAUGCUAGUG